GAGCCUCGUGGUGUCGAUCAUGAAGCUGGCGGGACCUUCACCGAAAGAGGAGUGGAGGGACAGAGCCAGCCCAAGGUCGUGGCGGACGAGGACGCAAUGGUUGGGCACUUACAUUUGCUUGUGCAAGGAAUGAGGCAGCUACAACAGUUGCAGAUUUCGAAGAAGGACACCCCGGAAACGGAGACCAUGAAGGGCAACAUCGAGUUGCCCCCAAUGCCGGAGCUCGGCGACGCUGCAGUGGAGUUCAACGACUGGCUCUAUGUGGCGGAGCAGAUGCUGGGAGCGCUAACAGAUAGUGCAAGUGUGUGGCUGAGUGAAAGCCUUCGGUGUGCCAGAGAAGCCUACGAUCGAUACCAGAGGGCCUCAGCUAUGGAUAGACUGACUAUCACACCAGCGCUCACAGCCACCCUUCUGGACAAGAGAUGGUACCGGCUAGAAAGACGAGUGUUGACCCUACUCUUAGCAGCGAUGCCAAAGGGAGUGAAGGAGGACACGAUAACACAUCGUGUUGAGAACGUGACGUCGGUCCUCUACCGGUUGCACGUCCUUUACCAGCCGGGUGGCGCGGUGGAAAGGACUUCAAUACUUGGUCACCUCGAAGGUUCAAGCGGCACGGAGGACCCGACCGAGGUGGUCACUCGUCUACGAAAAUGGCGGCGAUACCUGGCCCGUGCUGGUGAAAUGGGCAUUGUGGCACCGGAUGCUAGCAUACUGCUCAAGGGCUUGGACCUUAUCCUUCGGGGGGUCCUUGGGUGGUUCUCCGAUGUGAAGUUCAGGCUUGACCUCGCCCACAACGAUCUACGGCUCUCCUCGGCACCAACUCAGGAGUCGGUCCUCAAGUACUACCAGCACGCCUUAGCCGAGUUGCAGCAGAUGGCACCUUCCCCAAAGAGGAACGGGAGGUUCAUCAUCUACGCCUUCUUCGCCGGCAAGAACAAAGGGCGGAGAGAAAGCAGAGAUGCUGGACAUGUGGGGCGACUACACACCGACAAGGUGAAUGUCCCACCGCCGGAGGACAAGGCAUCAACCGUGGACAACAAAGAUGCAACCCCCACGCCUUCGACUACCACCAGCGCGGCAUCAACAACUAAUGUUGACAGUGCAGCGGCCCAUCGUGAAGAGAUGAGACAGCUUCUACAAGAGGCCAACUCCAUGCUGAGUAAGAUCAAGCUGAUGGGCAUGAAGGUUGAGGGUGUGAGUCGGACUGCAGAGGAUUUGGAGCUGCUUUCACGCGCCAAUGGAAUGGUGGAACAAGGGAUGGCCCUACUGGAUAGCGGGGCUUCGCAUCCUUUCAGAAAUGCCGUUGAUGAACGUGAACUACUACAAGCUUCGGAUGUGAAUGUUGAGUUGGCUGACGGUCAAACCGUCGGGUUGCUCCAAACCAAGUCAGGAACGCUCCUCAAUGACAAGGACCCCUCUCAGUCGCCGAUUGUUCCGCUGGGAAGUUUAGUGCAGCAGUUAGGCUGUACGGUGAGUUGGUCCAAGAGACAAGGGAUGAAGAUUCAUCAUCCAGCUCACGGAGAUUUGACUGUGAAGAUGAAGGGAAAUUGUCCGAUGAUUGACGAGCUGCAGGCGUUGAAACUCAUCUCCGAGAUUGAGGAGAAGAACCUGUCACGACUGCGUGAGGAGACAGCCAAGAGCCUCUGGAGCCAGUGUACCACCAUGGGCUCCACAUGGGAAGUCAGCUUGGACAACUUUGUCGUGACCGGAGAGAGAUCCCAAGCCUUGGCUGCAAUGAUGGACAAGAACUUCCCUUUGUCCCUGGAGACAGCAUCGGAGAGAUUUUCAAUGGUGGGCCCAAACAGUUUGGACCUCAGUGAGGCGGCGGGCUUGAACUACCUGAAGGCCCUCCCGGUCAACAGGAAGAUGCGACGCAGGCUACAUAGCACAAGAUGGAUCGUCCACCUCUACGAUGGCAAGAACCCCACCACUACAGCACAGCUGAAGCAGUUGGAGGAUGAAUCUACAACGCUGAUUGAGAUUGACCUGCAGCGCUCCAAAGUUUACGACAUGAAGGGAUGGAGCAACAUUUUUCGGGCCUUGCUUUGGGCCGCUUGUCGAGGACAAAUUGGUGGGAUUGUUGGAGGGCCUCCACGUGAUGAUCGGGAUGAGCUUAAAAGAAAGAUGAUGUACCUUUGGAUGGUUGCUGAUCGAGGAGCAAGCAAGGAGGAGUACCAGCUGUUCAACGCGAGGGUGGUUAGUGCCAUCAAAGAGGCUGUUCAGCAAUGGAUCAAGCACCCAGACCAGCUUCGUAUGGCCCAGCUUCUGUGUGCAAUGAAUGGGAAGCUGGAAGAUAUGAGCGAGGCUGAGCUGAAGAGGCCACAUCGAAGAGUGCUCAACCCUUCGGCAUUUACCUUGGGAGUUGAUAUAGCAGGCCCUCCGCGCACCAAGGGUGUUGAUGCUGAUGGCAAAUAUCGAUACGCAUUGGUGGGUUCAUAUUGUUUGCCGAAGGUGGAGGGUUUCAAGGAUAUGGACAUUCCAGAAGUGUUUGAGGACGAAGGCGCCGGCGUGGGGGAGAUCAUGAACGAAGAUGCGGACUUCCUGGAGGAGGAGCGUAUAGACGAACCCCCGAACACGGUUGAAGACCAGCACGACAUGGACUAUCGCAACGAGGAGUACAAGAAGUUCUAUAAGGAGUCUAUGAGGAGGCUGAAAACCGAUGUGAACGCUGCAAUGAGGAGAAUGUAUUUGAGUGUACGACAGGACGGGCACCCAAUUGUGCGAGUCCACUCCGACCGAGCCCGAGAACUCAAGUCAGCAUCCUUGCGGCAAUGGUUGUACGAGAAGGAUAUUUGGGUCACCACGGGAGAAGCGCAGACCCCUCAGCAGAAUGGAAGGGCCGAAGCCGCGGUCAAAUUACUGAAGAAGUAUACAAAGGUCCUACUUGGCUCCAGCGGACUCCCAAGAGAAUGUUGGCCACUCGCGAUGUCCUACGCCGCGUACAGACAACGCCAACGAGCUAUGGGGCAACCUUGCAAGGAUCCACCCUUUGGAACAAAGGUCGCCGUGAAGUCAAAGGUCUUUGGGACGGGAGGUUCUUAUGAUUUGGAUCCCAGGUGGCGCGAGGGCAAGUUUGUGGGCCGCAGCUCGGACGUGACCAACGGCCUGGUGGUGAGGUAUGAAGACGGCAGCUUCGUGACUAGCUGUCAUGUGAGACCGGGUUUAGUGGAUGCAGAGGCAGCUGUGGACCCGGAACCAGUCGAGUUGGAACUUCCAAUUCCGAGGAGGAGAUUGUGUGAGAAGGCUCGUUUGGCUUUCAUCAGGAGCACCUACCACGAGGUCGAGGAGCUUGCAAGGGAGAUGACCCUCGAGGAGAAGUUCAGUGAAGAUGACGUGGUGAACCUAUGGAGUAUGCUGAAGGAGAUCCCGCGGCCCAGGAGGAGGGGAAUGAAGAUGAUGGACAGCGACCCCAAUGGAGAGUCGUUCUACUCUGGAGGUUAUGUUCACGGAGGAGUUUGUGGCGUUCUGAAGAUGGCCAAGCAUCUACCACAAACAACAGCCUACUUGGUGAAGGCCGCGAAGAAGCUAACCGGCAGGGACGAGUUUGGUUGUGUGGCUAUUGUGGAGGAUGUUGGAAUGGGAGUCCAUCGCGACAGCCACAACGAGAAGGCAACUCAGAACUCUGUGACCGCGCUCACAAAUUUUAAUGGUGGUCAAGUCUGGGUGGAGAAGGGCGAGGACGAGUUUGAAUAUGAUGAUGAGUGGAAGGCAGUUCGGCCUAACCUAUGGGUGAGAGGCUCCUUACAUGACUUGGAGAAAGGGAGGACUGUGUUCUUCCCCCCAGGACAGUGGCACAGUACCAAUACUUGGGAGGGGCGACGCAUUGUACUGCUUACCUAUACACCUCGCCUCACCAACCUGACCGCCAAGGAUGCAAAGGAGCUACAGGACCUGGGUUUCAGUUUGCCGGGGAGAUUGUCACCGGAGAAUGGAGGACCCAAGGUUGAGCUCAAGGCGAUUACAAGUGAUGAUGAUGAUCCGCAUCGGUCGAUGUUCGAUGGCCCUGUGAUUGAGUUUGAUGGGGACAACGGGGUCGAGGAAUGGGCUUCAACCAUUUCUGGGCUACUGGAAGAUCAACAAGAUAUGAUUGAAGAGCUCCAAGAUAGAUCGCUGGUUUUGAGGCGACUCUUAGAGGAAGAGGAGAUAUUGCUUGAGGAGUAUCGCAGAAGAGGAUAUCAGGUGAACCAGGAGGCAGAUCAUGCACAUCAGAUGCUUGUCGACUUGAUUGAGCAGACCGGAGACACGGUGAAACAGCUUGAAGACGAGCAGGAACACAAGCAGCUGAAGGCCAUGCUUCAAGCUCAAGAUUGUGAUGCACCAGAAGAUGUAGAAAGGCAUCUUCAAGAACUACAAGAAGACCUACAGGUGGUGCUAACGGUCCCUCUGGAGCAGGUAAAGCGACAUCUACCUCUUUGGUUCCCUGCCAUCGACAAGGAACUUUCCUCCCUCUUCAAGGAUGGCAAGGACGGAACAUUGCAGCGAAUUCCGCUGAACGAAGCCAAGGAAAGAGAAGCGAAAGGAGAACUUACCAUUCUCCCAAGCAAGCUGGUGUUCACUGUCAAACCUCCGGCGCAGGGUGCACUUCCAACUUUGGAUUCAAAGGAGGCUUCCAGAAGCAAGGGCAAGGAAAGGUGGCGGCGCAAAUGCCGGCUAGUGCUCUGCGGAAAUUUCGCAGAGCGACCAGAAGGCCAAGCCCAAUCGGAGCUAUAUGCCUCGGGCGCCACUUCGGAAUCGCUCCGAGUGGCAUUAACCAUCGCGGCUUGUUGUUCCUGGGCUGGCGCUGGCUCUGACAUAACAGGAGCUUUUUUACUAGCCCCAUGGCCGAAGCACAUGCGAAGGUACGCCAUCAUCCUAGCUCGAACCUUAGUCCUUGCCGGCCGGGCCUCCUCCGAGGAGGCAUGGGAAGUCCACCGUGCACUUUACGGGUUGCGUGAAAGCCCAGCCGUGUGGAGUGAGCAUCGCAGACAACGGCUACUACAAGCAGAUAUACCUUGGCAAGGUGGCAAGAUCCUCCUGAAGCCCUCCGUCGUGGACCCAGAAGUUUGGAUGAUCAUAUACCGAGAGGAGGAGAAGCAGGACACCCUUGUGGGAGUCCUGGUUACCUACGUUGACGACCUCCUCUACCUCGCCGAGCCAGACGUGAUCAACACAGUCCAUUCUUGGCUAAGUGAAGAAUGGCCAAGUAGCCCACUGGAGUGGACAAGUGAUGGGACCAGAUACCUUGGGGUUGAAAUCCUCCAGAAUCAAGAAGGUGCCUUCUUGAUUUCUCAACGUGGCUACUUGGAAAAUUUGGUCCGAAGCUAUGAUUUGGAGCCCGGAGCACACCCCAGACUACCUUGCCCCAGGGAAUGGUUGGUCGAUGAAGACAGCAUCGUCGAGGAUGAGCAGUAUGAUGAGGCCGAGAUGAAGAAGGCUCAGAAGGUCACAGGAGAGUUGCUUCGGGUGACGAGGCAGCUCAGGCUACCCUUCUUCUUCAAGGAAUUGCGGCCCUGGUACAGGAGAUAUCAGGUCGAGACCUCAAAGGAGCGACGCUUGAGGCGCUUGAGAGAAGUUGCGAGAAGCGCCGCAGAGGAGGAGCUCGACAAGCAGCAGCUAAAGAAGGAACUGGAGGUAGAGGCGGAAUCCUUGAGAAGGGUUUUGAAGGCUGAAACCAAGGAAACGCUCUGCGAUGCAACAACCCAGACUCCGCCGAUGCCGGAGCCAAGAGUGGAAGUGCGUACCGUGUACCGGGACAGACCGGCCUUUGUGCCGGAUGAUGUUCCAGUCACGCACUUCUGGAAGACUACAGACCACAG